ACAAGUGGAGAUGAGAACUGCAGGCUUCAGAAGGCAGGGCUGAGGCCAAUCACAACUUCUGCAUCGCUGAAUGACACCAGGAGUCCUGCCUCUGUAACUUUUGUUAUUUUUCCCCUCAGCCUCCUUCAAUUGUUCCCAGCACUUGGUCACGGACUCAGACAGGCUACCAGAGACCACAGGCAGCUGCCACCACACUCCAACAGCCUGCAGCAGAGGUGGUGACAGCGUCAUGGAAGAUUAACAAGUAAGCUCCACAAAGGCUGUCUAAACAAAAAGAGAAGAUAACAGGCACUUUUCACUGUUCCUGACAACUCCACUCCUAUCCUGCACUUCUAAAACCUCUGAUUUGUGCCCUCUGCUUUCUUGCUGCCAUGGAGAAGGUCCAAUACAUAACCCGCUCUGCUCUGAGGAGAGCCUCAACUAUUGAGGUCAACCCACAAGCACGCCAAAGGCUCCAGGAGCUCUUUGUGAAUUUCUGCCUGAUCUUAAUUUGCCUCUUGCUGAUCUGUAUCAUUGUGAUGCUCAUCUGAAGUUCCAGCACUUCUCUGCACUGUUCUCUAGGAAAGCCGCCCAAAGGGAAGAGCGACCUCCACUUCCAACCCCAAUGCAAGGAUCCCCUUGGGAGAGGGGCUAGCACUUGGACUAAGGCUGUGCUGCGUGCCAGCCAUCGCGCUGCUCUUACUGCCUGCCACAUGUAUUAAAAACACACUUCUGUGCUGAACAGUGUCUAGAGCUUGUUGUUACACAGCUGUGCAUGACCCAUUCUAUCUGUUCAGUCAAGAGAUGUCUGUUCUGGUGCAGGGAACUGCCUCUCCAGAGGGCUGGUAAGUCUCCCCAUGUUUUAGCCAGUUUUCCAUGGGUUAGCCACUACUGACAAGCAAGAAGUGUACUUUUUCAGGAUCUCUGGAAGUCCAUAAACCAUUGGGCAUGUUCCAAAUUCAGCUGAAAGAACAGCACACAUACCACAUACUGCAGAGUAGGAGGACAUCUGCUCCGAGUCCUAAAACAUGCUGUAUCUUUGCACUAUCAACUGAAGGCAUUCACCUUGUCCUAGCAUUUUUAUAAGAAUGAAAGUAAAACAAAAAAAUAUCUUCUGAACAGAUUUUUUUUUUUUUUAAAUUUCAAAUGCUCUUCAAAUUUAAAGGACUCUAUAUAUAUAUAUACACACAUAUAAUGUAUUGACAUAUUUCUAUACACUCACACCUUGGAUCUGAAAACAAAAAGGCAAUUUUUUCACUGGAAUUUGUCGCUGUUCCAUUUUCACAUGAUAUAAUCUUACAGAAUUAAAUGACAACCAAAAAGAUUUUUCAGUAUGUUUGUGCAGACAAAUGCAUGCUACCACACUGGCAAAGAUUUCAUUUUCUGUAAGUAGCAUAAACAACCGGCACAAGUAAAAAAUUACAAACAGCUCCAAGUUCUUAAUGUUUGGUUGCAGACAACUUGAUUUGCAGCCUGCUAUAAUUCACACAAUAAUUGCCCGAGUUUAAAACUACAGAUAGUUUGGCAUUUGCCACUCCCAUUCUAUGUGACUUACAUUUGAUGUGGUAAAGAAAAAGGUUUAGGUCGUGUUUACUACUGCAAAUGGGGCAUACUGCAGAAAUACAAGCAACACCACCAUCCUCAACUGCAAAUGACUGUUAGAGAACAAGGAAGUAUUUUCCUAAGAUAAAUGUUAUGUAUCAUUAUGUAUAGGAGGAAGAACAUUGCAGAAAAAUUGGUUUAGUACGUAAAACACAGUCUAUACAAAUAAAAGGUGAAGCUUCUGCUCCAGCAGAUAUCAGUAACAGGCCUGAGCAGACUUCCAGCCCUCUCACAUGUUGGUGUUAGGCUAAAUUCCUAGAAACAUUACAGUUUUCAAACAAAGAAAGCUCAACAAUCAACAGACAGAGAUCAGACAUUAUUUUGAACAGGCAUCUUUCUUGGGCAAAUAAUCCCACUGAUGAAAGCAGGAAAUCAAAUGAAGUUUAUCUUAAUCUUGUAUUCUGUCUUGAAGACUUAACAUUAUAUAAAUAUGGGUUAACAAUGAACAACUAAGCAGAAAGGGAAGAAAUCUCAGAGGAAAAAAAAAAAACCCUCUUGUAUUGAAUGUAAUGCAAGCUCAGUGGUGAUGAACUAGCAAAUAGGUACACUAAGAGCAGAUCUCUGAAGUAAGGUUAGUCACUAGAUGUAGUUAGUUACUGUAUGAGGAUUAAGGCAAAUACUGAUGUAAUUGGCAACACACGCAUCCCAUUUCAAAUCAUAGUGACUAGAAUUGUCAAUAUAAACCUCGAUUCCUGUUUCAUGCAUUCUGAUCAUCUUCACAAAUCAUGAUUUUCCAUACAUGCACUUUUUCUAUCACUACUACCACACAGAAGAAGGAAAAGAAAAGCCACAGUGUACUACUGUGGGGAGAAUACAAAUAAUAGAAAAUAAUAAAAAAGAAAUAAUUGAAAAGUUACUUUCUUCUAUUUUUAAAUCCAUAUUAUGUGAUGGGAAGGUUUCCAUCUUGCUUUUCUCAUACAGGCAUUUUAGAUUAAUUUCGACUUAUUUUAAUAAAUUUCUACUGGAAAUAACUGAUUGUUUUGUAGUACUGAAAAACUUUCUGAAGAGAAAAGGUGAUAAGAGUAAAUUAUCAGCACACAUUCUGACAUGUUUUGAAGUUAUAGGAUCUACAAGCCUGUAAUCAAAGCAGAGCACUGCUAAAUAAAGAAAAAACAGCUUCCCUAUAAAAAUUAAAAUACCUGCUUUUUUCUUAUGUACCUCAAAAGCCAUUAAUCAUUUAAAGAUAAUAAGCAAACAAGAAUCAACCAUGGUAUAAAUAAGCUGGAAGCUCUACUGUUAUUUUACAUUAACACAGAUAAAUUGCAAGUACUGUGAGGUUCAUUUGCACCUCUGUGUUCCGUUGAUAUUGAAAAACUGCUCCCAUGCUCCACAUCACAAAAUGUCAACUGAACCCAGAGAUAAAGGCUCUUCUACAUAAUAUUUUCCUUGGUAUACUUGUAAGAGCUUCCAAACUGGCAUCAGCUGUAUUUUUAUUAAAAUGACUGUGUGAAAACAUAUUACUGAAUAAAAGAAGAAAUUCAAACAAUUGUUUAUAAA